AUGGUCUCAUUCAAGGGGUUCUUGAGCGAGUGGCAACUGAGAGGCUCUUUUCUCGGUAGUCUUCUCAUACAAGUCUUUCAAAUUCUCCCAGGAAACAUCAGAAAACGUAAUUCUUCAAAUUCGGUUACUGUUUUUCUUUGGAUUUUAUACACUGCUGCAGACAAGGUGGCCACAUAUGCUAUCAGCAUCGUCUCAAGAAGUAUAACAGACCCUUUUCUCCCCCACAACCGUGAAUUAGUAUCCUUCUGGACAACCAUCCUCGUCCUCCACUUGGGCGGCCCAGACACCAUCACCGCCUUUUCGCUGGACGAUAACCAGCUGUGGUUACGCCAAGUUCUCACUCUGGUCACUCAACUAGGAAUUGUGGUUUAUAUCCUUUUCAGGGCAUUAUGGAGGACAAGCUUUAGUCUUUUCAUAUUUUUGGCUAUUGUCUGUAUUUCCACGGCGGGAUUUCUGAAGUACGUAGAGAGAAUCUGGGCACUGUAUCGUGCAAGCAUGGAUGGCCUUAGAAAAUCUAUGAUGAAUGAUGGAAACGCCGGGCCGAGCUACGUGGACAUUGUGGAGACAUACUCAUUCACAAUCAACGCAGGUAUUCUAGCACACAGGCAAUUGGAACACCUAGAAUCAUCCACAACAGCAGUAGACAACAACACCAAGCCUGAGAAGCCUGAGGUACAAACAUUGAAGAAUGCUUAUUAUUUAUUUAUGACUUUUAGGCGUCUCUUUGUCGAUCUCAUACUCACGUUUGAAGACCGAGCCAACAGCCUGUCCAUUUUCAAUGGCAAAGACGCUUCAGCAGCAUUUGAAAUGGUUGAGAUCGAGCUGAAUUUUGCCUAUGAUGCCCUGUACACGAAAGCAUUCGUGGCUCAUAGUCCUCCUGGUCGCAUCAUUCGGGUUGUUAAUAUAGUUUUAGUCCCUGCAGCUUGCAUUCUUUUCGCUCUCACAGAAAAACAUGGUUUCCACGACAGAGAUGUUUUCAUCACAUACCUGCUACUUGUAGGUACUCUGGGUUUGGAAAUUGCGUCGUUGCUGGUGUUCAUCGUCUCAGAUUGGACUGUUGUUCUGUCGAACACCUUGUGGUUGAAUCAGAACUGCCUAGAACAAGUCAUCCCUUGGAUCCUUUCCCUUGUGAGAAAAACUUUUCUCUGUUUGUCCAGAGGACAAAGUUCACGAAACGCAAAAUCCGGGGAGGCUAAAAGAUACCGCUGGUCUCAUUCCAUGAAGCAGGUCAGCCUGUUGAGCUAUUGCUUGCAUGAUCACCAAACUUGUUUCCAAAAACUCCUUGCUCGUCUAAAAGCCAAGGAAUAUUUCGACAAGUAUAAGUACACAAAAUGUGAGAAAAUUCCCACAACACUAGAAGAGCUUAUUUGGGAAAAUCUGAAGGGAAAGGCACAAAUCAGUGAGGAUGCUGAAAAGAAUAGGAACCGCACUGAUUGGAGAGGCAAAAUAUCAUUUCUUGACAGGAGUUGUCCUGAACUGAAGUGGAUCAGUGAACUGGAAUUCGACGAGUGUUUACUUCUAUGGCAUGUAGCCACAGAUAUAUGCUACCACCACUGUCAAGAAACUAGGAAUUCUGGGCACCAAGGGUAUCGCAAGGCCAGUAAGCUCAUAUCCUGCUACAUGAUAUAUCUUCUGGUGGCACACCCCUUGACACUCUCUUCAGCAGCGGUAAUAGGGCUUAUACGAUACAGAGAUACAUGUGCCGAGCUCAUUCAAAUUUUCAAGGAAGACGAACUGAUAGGAGAAGAACCCGAUAUUGCCAGUAAGAAUCUGUUAUUCAUGCAUACAGAUUUAUCACCCAAGAGAGUCAAGGGGGAUAACAGCAAGUCUGUGUUGUGGGAUGCAGUUGAACUAGCCAAAGAACUUAUAGAAUUGGGUGAAGAGAGGAUGUGGAAGACAAUGUGCGACGUGUGGAUAGAGAUGCUCCGUUUUGUAGCACGUAAUUGCAGAGGUGAUUACCAUGCCAAGCUGCUGAGUGUUGGAGGAGAGCUUCUCACUUUUGUGUGGCUUCUCGAGGCACAUCUUGGUAUGGGAGACUACUUCCAGAUAAAAUCUGGCGAUGUUACAACCAUUAUACGCAUAGAGAAAGACAGAUGA